AUGGGCGCAGGGGAGGAGAGGGUGCUGCAGGGUGGGGACAAGCAGCACAGAGACCCUAAGGUCGGGGGUCUAACCAGGCCUCGCUAUUCCUCCAACCGCAUGGACAGUUACUCCCGCCAGGUCCAAGGUGACAUCCUCUAUGUGCUGCUGGGAUUAUAUGAUGAACCAGCUUCAGCCAGGGCCCCCGCUGUCCCCCUGUGGGACCCCCACGGCACUGUGGUCCAGGCCGGGGAGCUGUGUCUGCAGCCCCAGUUUGAAUUUGGGUUCAAACACGUGUGUAUUCUAGAGAUAACGGCAGUGGAGGUGGGCAUCGUGGCCAUCAAGGGGCUCUUCUCCGGGCGGUACCUGGCCAUGAACAAGAGGGGACGGCUCUACGCAUCGGAGAACUACAACGCGGAGUGCGAGUUUGUGGAGCGGAUCCACGAGCUGGGCUAUAACACGUAUGCCUCCCGGCUCUACCGGACGGUGCCCAGCGGGCCGGGGGCCCGGCGCCAGCCCAGCGCCGAGAGACUGUGGUAUGUGUCGGUCAACGGCAAGGGCCGGCCCCGCAGGGGCUUCAAGACGCGCCGCACACAGAAGUCCUCACUGUUCCUGCCCCGCGUGCUUGACCACAAGGACCACGAGAUGGUGCGGCUGCUCCAGAGCGGAGCCGGGCUCCAUGGCGGCCUGGCCAGACCACCCGGCAAGGCCACCCAGCCCCAGCGGCGGCGACAGCGGCAGAGGAGCUGGGGAGGCCUCGCUUAGCUGCCCGGCGGGUGGAGUGGAGGCCUCACCCAUUGUGGCCCCAUGGCUGGGCGCCAAGCUCACGGUGGACCAGCCAGUAGCUGAACAUCUGCUGUCCAUCAUAGCUGGCCAUCCCGGCCGGGCAGGUUUCCGUAAGUGACUGUCCCCGCUCCUGCUGACUCUCUCAAACAAGCACCAAUCCAGCCGGGACGAUGGGGCCGCUGGGACUCAGAGGGGAACUGCUGUGAAGAAGACACUCGUGGGUCUGUGCUGACCAGGGGCCCCCUCCCACCAGGGACCCCCACCGGCCGGGAAGACCAGCUGAAUGCGGGGUCCUGGCUACCGAGGAGGCUCCCCGAGGUGCAGCUAUGGGACAAGGCGGGGGGGUGUGUGUAA